UAGGGUUUGGAGCAUUUAUAUAUACGUGAAAUCCUUAAACACCAAAAUUAGGGUUUAUCUCACUCUCCCAUUUCUUUGAAGCUUCCACUCACGAAGCAGCAAGCAAGGUCGUUCCUUUCCUUCAAAUCCAAUUCAUUCCUAAUCUCUCUCGAUUUUGUUAAUCUCUUUGUUCGAUUCUUUUUGCAACCAUGGCUGAAGUUGCUGUUCUAGAACCUGUUGCAAUUGUUUCAGAUCCCUCUCAGAUUGAAGUCAAACUCUUCAAUCGCUGGAGCUUCGAUGAUGUUCAGCUUUCUGAUAUGUCACUGAGCGAUUAUAUUGGAGUUUCGGCAUCGAAACAUGCCACAUAUGUUCCACACACUGCUGGUAGAUACUCACAAAAGCGAUUCCGGAAAGCCAAUUGUCCCAUUGUUGAGAGAUUGACAAACUCCCUCAUGAUGCAUGGUAGGAACAAUGGAAAGAAGCUUAUGGCUGCUAAAAUCAUCCAGCAUGCUAUGGAAAUUAUUCAUUUGCUAACUGACCAGAACCCAAUUCAGGUUAUCUGUGAUGCUAUCGUCAACAGUGGACCUCGUGAAGAUGCAACUCGUAUUGGUUCUGCUGGAGUUGUGAGAAGACAGGCCGUGGAUAUCUCACCCCUUCGCCGUGUUAAUCAAGCCAUCUAUCUUCUAACUACCGGGGCACGUGAAGCUUCUUUCAGAAAUAUUAAGACAGUUGCUGAAUGUUUGGCCGAUGAGCUUAUUAAUGCAGCAAAAGGUUCAUCCAACAGUUAUGCAAUCAAGAAGAAAGAUGAAAUUGAGAGAGUUGCCAAGGCAAAUCGUUAAGCAGCUUCUUGCAGCAGUGUUUGCAACCUCAGAUUUAGUUUCAUAGUUUUACUUUUUCUAAUGAUAUUUUUAUGGCUUUAGUUUCUUGGUGUUUUGCUUGCGUACACACCAUGAGUCAUUUUGGCAGUUAGACGGGAAAUGUGUUCCUAGACUUGAGUUUGAUUACCAACCUCCAUAAAAUAUAAUUUUUUUGAUAA